GAGAAGGCGGAAGUAGGGGCAUCCGCGGAUGGGGCUCGGGCUUCCGGGGGAUUCAGUAACGGCGGCCUUCGGGUCAAGAGAUUGGCGUCCUGGCACCCUCGGCUUGGAGUGCGGUGCCUUUCUCUCCUGGCACCUUGGCUGAGUGGAGUCCUGCGGCCGGGCGUAGUCGGCGGCCCAGCGGACCGGAGUGAAAGCCACAUGAAUUCUGAAUGUUAGAAUAGAAAAGAGGCCAAAGAAAUCUUUGAAGAUGAGGAAACUGAAGCACAGAAAGGUUAUAUAGUUUGCCCAGGUCAUACACCAAAUGAUGGAGACAAGAGUUAAACCCAGAUCAUCCGAUUCCAGCAUCUAAGCUCUUCACCACUUCAUGAUAUUGCCUCUCCAGCCAGAACAGUGCUUCAUCCUUUGUAGGUGGUCAUCAAAUGCUACUCAAAAUCUUUUUGAGAAGAAGAAAAAGAGCAGUCGAUAAUCACCUUACUAUGAGUCUGCUACACUGGGAAAACAGCUGUGGAUCCAGCCAGUCUGAGAGCGACUGCUGUGCUGCCAUGGCCGCCAGCUCCUGUGGUGCUGCAGCAAAAGAUGACAGUGUGAGUGGAACUGCCAGCACAGUGAAUCUUUCCAGCUCUUUUAUGGAAGAGAUCCAGGGAUAUGACGUGGAAUUUGACCCACCCCUGGAAAGCAAGUAUGAAUGCCCCAUCUGCUUGAUGGCAUUACGGGAAGCAGUGCAAACACCAUGCGGCCACAGGUUCUGCAAAGCCUGCAUCAUCAAAUCAAUAAGGGAUGCAGGUCACAAAUGUCCAGUUGACAAUGAAAUACUGCUGGAAAAUCAACUAUUUCCUGACAAUUUUGCAAAACGAGAGAUUCUUUCUCUGAUGGUGAAGUGUCCAAAUGAAGGUUGUCUGCACAAGAUGGAACUGAGGCAUCUUGAGGAUCAUCGAGCACAUUGUGAGUUUGCUCUUAUGAAUUGUCCCCAAUGCCAACGUCCCUUCCAAAAAUGCCAACUUAAUAUUCACAUUGUCAAGGAGUGUCCAAGGAGACAGGUUUCUUGUGUAAACUGUGCUGUAUCGAUGGCAUUUGAAGAUAAAGAGAUUCAUGACCAGAACUGUCCUUUGGCAAAUGUCAUCUGUGAAUACUGCAACACCAUGCUCAUCAGAGAACAGAUGCCUAAUCAUUAUGAUCUAGACUGUCCUACAGCCCCAGUUCCAUGCACAUUCAGUACUUUUGGUUGCCAUGAAAAGAUGCAGAGGAAUCACUUGGCACGCCACCUGCAAGAGGAUACCCAGUCGCACAUGAGAAUGAUGGCCCAGGCUGUUCAGACUUUAAGCCUUGCGAUAGCUCCCGCACCUCAGCGUGGCAUGCUGCCAUGUGAUUCUGCCUCUCUGCCCCGGAUUUCCUCUGGGUGUCACUCAGAGGUCCAGAAUUUCCAAGAAACCAUUCAACAGUUAGAGGGUCGCCUUGUAAGACAAGACCAUCAAAUCCGGGAGCUGACUGCAAAAAUGGAAACUCAGAGCACGUAUGUAAGUGAGCUAAAACGAACUAUUCGAACCCUUGAGGACAAAGUUGCUGAAAUAGAAGCACAGCAGUGCAAUGGAAUUUACAUCUGGAAGAUUGGCAAUUUUGGGAUGCACUUGAAAUCUCAAGAAGAGGAGAAACCUGUUGUCAUUCACAGCCCCGGAUUCUACACAGGCAAACCCGGCUACAAACUAUGCAUGCGCCUGCACCUGCAGCUACCGACUGCACAGCGCUGUGCCAACUACAUAUCCCUCUUUGUCCACACGAUGCAAGGAGAGUAUGACAGCCACCUCCCUUGGCCCUUCCAGGGUACGAUACGCCUUACCAUCCUUGAUCAGUCUGAAGCACCUGUAAGGCAAAACCAUGAAGAGAUAAUGGACGCCAAACCAGAGCUGCUUGCCUUCCAGAGACCCACAAUCCCACGGAACCCCAAAGGGUUUGGCUAUGUGACCUUUAUGCAUCUGGAAGCCCUAAGACAAAGAACCUUCAUCAAGGACGACACGUUAUUAGUACGCUGUGAGGUCUCCACCCGCUUUGACAUGGGCAGUCUUCGGAGGGAGGGUUUUCAACCACGAAGUACUGACUUGGGGAUAUAGCAUCCCCUCAUUUGUUUAAGAAACAAAACAACAGAAAAAACAUUUGGAGAAAACUUGCCCUGUUUUCAAUAACAUACAAACAAAAAAAGCAAUGGGGAAGGUAUACCCACCAGUGAAUGUGGUUAGAGAGGUCACUUGCCACUUUCCUGUUAAAAAUAUCUGAAGCAGGGCUUCCCUGGUGGCGCAGUGGUUGAGAGUCCACCUGCCGAUGCAGGGGACACGGGUUCGUGCCCCGGUCCGGGAAGAUCCCACAUGCCACAGAGCAGCUAGGCCCGUGAGCCAUGGCCGCUGAGCCUGCGCGUCCGGAGCCUGUGCUCCGCAACGGGAGAGGCCACAACAGUGAGAGGCCCGCGUUAUCGCAAAAAAAAAAAAAAAAAAAAAAAUAUCUGAAGCAGUUUUCUCGGGAAUGUACGUGUUCCCUGCCUUUUAAAAAUGGUUACACUCAAAGUGCCUGUGGCCUAUGGCAGCAGUUGUUUGUCUAGUAGGAUAUCUCUCUGUUUUAUUUUCAUGGGCUCUUGCUCCAGGGGGGUUUAUUGUCAAACCCAGGUUAGGAGUAGUAAAGCUCAAACCUUUUAAUAAUAAUGGACGUUCCAUAAAAUUUCCACGUAUUCUUAUAGUGUUAGAUGCAAUAUAUUAAGCUUGAGAAUCACUACCGCCUCGCGCUGGUGCCAGCGAGAAUAAUUAUUAUUCUUGAGUUCUCAUUUUAUUUGAACUUCUGUAGAUUUCAGAGGAUUUGAACCAUAAUCCUUGGAAAGUUUAAGUUCUCAUUAACCCUGUUUUUUCCGCCUGCAGGGUGUUUUUAAGGAUAUUCAGGGACUAGUUUAAACCCUAAAUAUAAGCUUACUAAGUGUGGAUAUGUUGUUUGUUGAAUAAUUCUUGUUUCAUUGUACCUUGCUUAUUUACUUGAGGCUACAAAGUAGCAUCUUGUCCAGAGUUUAGAACUCUGAGAACCAUGUGGAAACCAGCUGCUGGGUGUUAUGCUAUAAAUCCCUUUUGUCUAUUCCAGGCAGAGUGAAUUCCACAGCCCUACCUAUGUUCUCUGUUGCCUAAUGGUUGUAGGACAAGGAGAUGCACACACAUAAUCACCAACAAAAAUUUUAAAUGGCUCAACUAGUCAACCAAUAGGGCAGCUCAUUGGUGGUGAGAAAAGCUAUUUGAGCCAGAAAUUUUCAGCUCUUUUGAACACCUUCUGGUUUAGUUCAAUUAAUGGAAGAAAAUUGCUGUCCUAAAUGCAGAAUUUCUUAAUACUUGGGAGAUCAUUGGUGUACCUGAGAGGUCACCAAACCAAGGUUGGAAGUCAUAGUGAUUAUAUCAGGACUUGGCUGGAGCGGGUGGCUUUAGUCCCACAGUUCAUACCUGAGGAGGAUCACGUGGAAUGUAUUGAAGUGGUCAGUUGUUCCUAACAGGGAGGGAUGGGUUUUGUGCCACUAGAUACUUGUUAAAAGCCUUAGAUACUAAAGAUUAUGGUGAAAUGUAGUUCUCAGGGAGUCCCACAACUAGUACAGGCUCUUAUGAAGAAUCUGAGAGGACCCCUACACCAUGCUGUUUAUACAAGAUUGUUUAAAGUUGUCUGAGGUAGUCCUGCAACUCCAGAGAGGCCAAAUCAGAGCCCCUGGCCGGUGUUCAAGAUCAGCCUUCAUUUCAAGAGGAAGCCAAGAGACCGUGCAAAGGAAUGGUCUCGGUUCCGGGCAGACCCAGCAAGUGCCACUCUGACCUUUCCCUUUACUUUUCUGUCUACUCUCCUUACCCACCCCACAUCCAGGCUCCUGCUCUGGUGGGUUUAUUCUGUAAAGUGGGGGAAAGAAAAGGUCAUACAGGGACCCUGUUCCCAGUGCCACCAUCAGCGGCAGCUGCCCGUCGCUAGCUCACAGUUGGCUUGCUGACAGUUUGUGCUCCGUGGCCCCUGAGCUCUGCAGCCAGCUCCCGAGGAUCACUGCGGCACGGCCCUCUAGGUGAGGAGCCCGGCACCGCUGCUGUUCCUGUGAUGGUUUUCCAGAAAUAAAUUGCUGUCCAGUUCCAUGUGAAAAAUAAAUGGCAGUUACUCUUGUAUAGAAACAAAAAAGCCUGGAGGAAAUAUACUAAACUCUUUUUGAUGACUUAUUUUCUUCUUUGUGCUUUCUUACAUGUUUUAUAUUUUUUUACAGUAAACAUGUCCUUGGAGAAAAAAAUGUUGCCACAAAACAUUCAACCCUCACAGAGAAGGAAAUAGCAUUUAAAAGCUUCCUGGUCAAAUUUCUAUUAAAAGCAUGGCUGUGCAUUAGGUACUGAGGCGAGCCAUUUCCUGCUUUGGUUAUGUUAUUUUUUUCUACUAACUUGGGAGCCUUAAUCCAAACAACAACAGUUUUUUGCCUCACUUCAACUUUUAGCUUCAGGUUUCGCUGAAGGAGUUGAAUUAGCUAUUUCUAAGGUCCAUGCCAACCAUAAAAUUCUGUUUUAAGAAAUGAAGUGCUAACCAGCAGAAAGUUGGCAAUAUCUACAAGAGGAUUUUGCCAGUAGAAAAAUUGCUUUAUUUUUUUUGCUGACAUAAUACUUCAAUUUAGUAUCAAUUUAGGGUCUCCUUUUAAUUUGAACAAUUUUUUUUAACCCCCAACAUUUGGCAUUUUGUAAUAAACCUGCCACUUAUUUUAUACUGGUCGUUCAUUGUGAAUAUAGAGUAAAAGUAAUGGUCAAACUCUCCAUAUAUAAACUUUUGGUGACUUCAACUCAGAAUCCACUCUUCGCUGGAAAGUGGCUCUCUUCCGUUCAUUUUUCAAACCUCCUGCCUCACUCUGCAACAUGCUGGUUUCACCCAGUUGGCUAACAAGUAUUUGAGCUGUGUAUUUAUGUUUUAUUAACCUUUUAACAUUUAUCUUUGGACAUUGCUUUUACACAUUGUUAAAUUAAAAAUAAAUUGUUUUUUUCUUUUCCCA